UCAUCAACAUCUUCCAGUACAACAAUACGACCUUCCUCAUCAACAUCUUCCAGUACAACAAUACCGCCUUCCUCAUCAACGACAAUGAUACCUCCAGUAACAAGUUCAAGCAUAGUGUCUCGUCCAUCUUCCAGUACAACAAUACCACCUUCCUCAUCAACGACAAUGAUACCUCCAGUAACAAAUUCAAGCAUAGUGUCUCGUCCAUCUUCCAGUACAACAAUACCACCUUCCUCAUCAACGACAAUAAUACCUCCAGUAAGAAGUUCAAGCAUAGUGUCUCGUCCAUCUUCCAGUACAACAAUACCACCUUCCUCAUCAACGACAAUGACACCUCCAGUAACAAGUUCAAGCAUAGUGUCUCGUCCAUCUUCCAGUACAACAAUACCACCUUCCCCAUCCUCCACUACCACAAUACCACCUUCCUCAUCUUCCAGUACAACAAUCCCACCUUCUUCGUCUUCCAGUACGACGAAACCACCUCGUCCAUCCCCUACCACAAAGAAACCACCUCGUCCAUCUCCUACCACAAAGAAACCACCUCGUCUAUCUCCAACCACAAAGAAACCACCUCGUCCAUCUUCUACCACAAAGAGACCACCUCGCCCAUCUUCUACCACGAAGAAACCACCUCGUCCAUCCCCUACCACAAAGAAACCACCUCGUCCAUCUCCUACCACAAAGAAACCACCUCGUCUAUCUCCAACCACAAAGAAACCACCUCGUCCAUCUCCUACCACAAAGAGACCACCUCGUCCAUCUUCUACCACAAAGAAACCACCUCGUCCAUCUUCUACCACAAAGAAACCACCUCGCCCAUCUUCUACCACGAAGAAACCACCUCGUCCAUCCCCUACCACAAAGAAACCACCUCGUCUAUCUCCUACCACAAAGAAACCACCUCGUCUAUCUCCAACCAUAAAGAAACCACCUCGUCCAUCUUCUACCACGAAGAAACCACCUCGUCCAUCUUCUACCACAAAGAAACCACCUCGUCCAUCUCCUACCACAAAGAAACCACCUCGUCCAUCUCCUACCACAAAGAAACCACCUCGUCUAUCUCCUACCACAAAGAAACCACCUCGUCCAUCUUCUACCACAAAGAAACCACCUCGUCUAUCUCCUACCACAAAGAAACCACCUCGUCCAUCUUCUACCACAAAGAAACCACCUCGUCCAUCUCCUACCACAAAGAAACCACCUCGUCCAUCUUCUACCACAAAGAAACCACCUCAUCCAUCUUCUACCACAAAGAAACCACCUCAUCCAUCUUUUACCACAAAGAAACCACCUCGUCCAUCUCCUAACACAAAGAAACCACUUCGUCCAUCUCCUACCACAAAGAAACCACCUCGUCCAUCUCCUACCACAAAGAAACCACCUCGUCCAUCUUCUACCACGAAGAAACCACCUCGUCCAUCUUCUACCACAAAGAAACCACCUCGUCCAUCUUCUACCACAAAGAAACCACCUCGUCCAUCUUCUACCACGAAGAAACCACCUCGUCCAUCUUCUACCACGAAGAAACCACCUCGUCCAUCUCCUACCAGGAGAAAGCCACCGUCAACCAUAGUGCAACCUUCGUUUUCUACCAAGAUAAUACCAGUUUCAACCAUAGUGCAGCCUUCAUUUUCUACCAAAAUAAUAGAACCUUCCCAGACAAGCAUAGUGCAGCCUCGACGUCCUACCAAGUCUUUAAAUCCUUCCAGCACAAAGCCCUCUACAGGCCCAGUUACCACCAUACCUCCGAAUGCAAAUCUUACCAGCACAGAACCCCCAACAGAACCAUUUACAACCAUACCUCCGAUUACCAAUCUCACCAGCACAGAACCCCCAACAGAACCAUUUACAACCAUACCUCCGAUUUCAAAUCUCACCAGCACAGAACCGUCUACAGAACCAAUCACAACUAUACCCUUCAGUUCAACCAAGAAACCAGGGUGUCGAGAUGGUGAAACGCUAUUGGACAAGUGCAAACAAGUAUGUAUCUGCCGCGAAGGAAAACUUCAGAAUUGCACUCGAAUCCGUAGAGAAUUUUUACACAUGUCUAAAAGUGACAGAGAGCGUUAUCUAGCAUUGGUUCGUCUUGUAUCGACGACUGAACCUUGGAAAACGCAAUACGAGGCAUUGCUGAAAAUGCAUCGAGAUCUCCAAAGUUCAGGUAUUGAUACCGAUAAAUAUUUCCUUCCCUGGCACAGAUGGUUGUUGCUACGAUACGAAAACCUGAUUCGUCAGUUUGACUGCAAGGUGACAGUGCCAUACUGGGACUGGUCACUAGUCUCUGCGCAACCGUUUACAAACGAAUUCUGGAGUGGGAAGUUGUACGGUUUUGGCGGAAAUGGCGUAGGAGAUCCGCCAUGCGUUAAUACAGGUCCGUUCGACAUUAAAAGUGGUUGGAAACUACCUCAAAAUGCCGGUGGGAAGUGUUUACAAAGAGUUUUCAUAAAUUUCCCGGGCAUAAUACCAGAUGUUGUUGCGGUCGCCAAGGUUUUGGCAAAGAAUUCUUCGCAAUUUAAAGAGUUUGAACUGAUGCUUCGAGGGAAUUUGAAUAACAUCAUAUUCUUCGCCGUCGGCGGCACGAUGCUUUCCGACAACAACGCGCUGGCACCCGAAUUCAUUCCGACUCAUGCUUUCACUGAUAAGCUCUGGUCCGAGUGGCAGGCGAAAGGCCACGAUUAUCUUUUGCCGAAAAGUAUGGUUUCGCAAAACGGCACGCUCCCGGGGACAAACCUCAGGCCGCGAGAUUUGUUAAGGAACGAUAGAUUACCCGGUGGGGUUCGAGUCAGGUACGCGCCGCCUGACCUCGGAAACUGGACGGGACUUAUAAAAAUUUUGAAAAAAGUGGCCGUAACGAACCCCAAAGAAUUGGACAAAAUUCCACGGGAAGAGUCGGCCAAAUUGAACGCGACUGCAUUUGGUGUUAGCGAAAAGGAAGAAUCAGAAGUGAUGGAAAUGCAGAAAGAACUUUCGACCAAAAAGAAGCUUGAUUCUUCUGCAAAACUCUCUGGAAUGGAAAAAAUGAUGGGAGUUAGGGCUAAAGAUAUCUCUGAAGUUACGCAGAAGGAGAAGACAGGGGGAUAGGAUUAGGAACGUGUUAUUUUAACAAUAAUUCAGUUAUUUAGCUAAUUUACUUACAAUUUAGCUACGUCUGGGGCCAUUUGUACGAAGGCUGUAUUGCGAUACCCACCGGAUAUUGUGAACUUUUCACUCGAAUCUUCGUAUUCUUGAACUAAUGUUUCUCAAUUUAUUCCGCUUAGCUCAAUAUCUAAAUUUUGUUAUCAUUACUUUUCAAGCAUUUUUGCACCGGCUAAAAAUCACUAUCCAGUGGAUAUAUAGCGCUUCGCACAGCCGGCCUCAGGCCUCUGUGGUGGAGUUAGUAAAAGUUACAGAAAAAAUGUCAC